AUGCUACAGAGAGAAAACAACCUGCCUUCUCCUUGUCGGUCUAAUCCUACUGUGUUGCUUGUGUUGUUGUGGUUGCUGUGCCUGCUGUUGGAGAGGACGUACCGCGCGGUGUUGCUUGUGCUGUUGUGGUUGCUGUGCCUGCUGUUGGAGAGGACGUACCGCGCGGUGUUGCUUGUGCUGUUUGUCGUUGCUGUGCCUGCUGUUGGAGAGGACGUACCGCGCGGUGUUGCUUGUGCUGUUGUGGUUGCUGUGCCUGCUGUUGGAGAGGACGUACCGCGCGGUGUUGCUUGUGCUGUUGUGGUUGCUGUGCCUGCUGUUGGAGAGGACGUACCGCGCGGUGUUGCUUGUGCUGUUGUGGUUGCUGUGCCUGCUGUUGGAGAGGACGUGCCGCGCGGUGUUGCUUGUGCUGUUGUCGUUGCUGUGCCUGCUGUUGGAGAGGACGUGCCGCGCGGUGUUGCUUGUGCUGUUGUGGUUGCUGUGCCUGCUGUUGGAGAGGACGUGCCGCGCGGUGUUGCUUGUGCUGUUGUGGUUGCUGUGCCUGCUGUUGGAGAGGACGUGCCGCGCGGUGUUGCUUGUGCUGUUGUGGUUGCUGUGCCUGCUGUUGGAGAGGACGUGCCGCGCGGUGUUGCUUGUGCUGUUGUGGUUGCUGUGCCUGCUGUUGGAGAGGACGUGCCGCGCGGUGUUGCUUGUGCUGUUGUGGUUGCUGUGCCUGCUGUUGGAGAGGACGUACCGCGCGGUGUUGCUUGUGCUGUUGUGGUUGCUGUGCCUGCUGUUGGAGAGGACGUACCGCGCGGUGUUGCUUGUGCUGUUGUGGUUGCUGUGCCUGCUGUUGGAGAGGACGUGCCGCGCGGUGUUGCUUGUGCUGUUGUCGUUGCUGUGCCUGCUGUUGGAGUGGACGUGCCGCGCGGUGUUGCUUGUGCUGUUGUGGUUGCUGUGCCUGCUGUUGGAGAGGACGUGCCGCGCGGUGUUGCUUGUGCUGUUGUGGUUGCUGUGCCUGCUGUUGGAGAGGACGUGCCGCGCGGUGUUGCUUGUGCUGUUGUGGUUGCUGUGCCUGCUGUUGGAGAGGACGUGCCGCGCGGUGUUGCUUGUGCUGUUGUGGUUGCUGUGCCUGCUGUUGGAGAGGACGUGCCGCGCGGUGUUGCUUGUGCUGUUGUGGUUGCUGUGCCUGCUGUUGGAGAGGACGUGCCGCGCGGUGUUGCUUGUGCUGUUGUGGUUGCUGUGCCUGCUGUUGGAGAGGACGUACCGCGCGGUGUUGCUUGUGCUGUUGUGGUUGCUGUGCCUGCUGUUGGAGAGGGACGUGCCGCGCGGUGUUGCUGGUGCUGUUGUGGUUGCUGUGCCUGCUGUUGGAGAGGACGUACCGCGCAAUACAACCAGUAUACAGCCAUAUAACCAGUUAUCCGGAUGAUGCCUGGGGAGCGACUUCUCUGCAGUGCGAACACACAACCUGUUUCUGGCACAAUACUACUUUUAACCCAAAUUUUGUCUAGCAUUGAAAAAAAAGAGAAAUAAAUAAGUAACAUAUAAUAAAAGUAAUCUUUGGUGAACGCCUUAUAUGGGUAGUUGUGUAAACAUAAUGAUUUUUUUAUAUCCUUUGAACAUAUUGGACAUAUACAAGUACUCUAUUGUGUAUUGUUUUGAUAAACUGCUUUUUCAUAGUUGUACUUUUGAAAUAUAAAACUAAUAUCACCCAAAAAAAUUAUUCUUGCUCUGGAAAAAGUGCCAUAAUGCAUGUGAGUAAAGUAUUGUCGCAGAUUAGUCUGUCCAGUCAGCAGGACGACAUGUGAGUAAAGUGUUGUCCCAGAUUAGUCUGUUCAGUCAGCAGGACGACAUGUGAGUAAAGUGUUGUCGCAGAUUAGUCUGUUCAGUCAGCAUGACGACAUGUGAGUAAAGUGUUGUCGCAGAUUAGUCUGUUCAGUCAACAGGACGACAUGAGAGUAAAGUGUUGUCCCAGAAUAGUCUGUUCAGUCAGCAGGACGACAUGUGAGUAAAGUGUUGUCCCAGAUAAGUCUGUUCAGUCAGCAGGACGACAUGUGAGUAAAGUGUUGUCCCAGAUUAGUCUGUUCAGUCAACAGGACGACAUGUGAGUAAAGUGUUGUCCCUGAUUAGUCUGUUCAGUCAGCAGGACGACAUGAGAGUAAAGUGUUGUCCCAUAUAAGUCUGUUCAGUCAGCAGGACGACAUGAGAGUAAAGUGUUGUCCCAUAUAAGUCUGUUCAGUCAGCAGGACGACAUGAGAGUAAAGUGUUGUCCCAGAUAAGCCUGUUCAGUCAGCAGGACGACAUGUGAGUAAAGUGUUGUCACAGAUAAGCCUGUUCAGUCAGCAGGGCGACAUGUGAUUAAAGUUUUGUUCCAGAAUAGUCUGUUCAGUCAGCAGGACGACAUGUGAGUAAAGUGUUGUCGCUGAUUAGUCUGUUCAGUCAGCAUGACGACAUGUGAGUAAAGUGUUGUCCCAGAUUAGUCUGUCCAGUUAGCAGGACGACAUGUGAGUAAAGUGUUGUCCCAUAUUAGUCUGUUCAGUCAGCAGGACGACAUGUGAGUAAAGUGUUGUCCUAGAUUAGUCUGUUUAGUCAGCAUGACGACAUGUGAGUUAAGUGUUGUCCCAGAUUAGUCUGUUCAGUCAGCAUGACGACAUGUGAGUAAAGUGUUGUCCCAAAUUAGUCUGUUUAGUCAGCAGGACGACAUGUGAGUAAAGUGUUGUCCCAGAUAAGUCUGUUCAGUCAGCAGGACGACAUGUGAGUAAAGUGUUGUCCCAGAUUAGUCUGUUCAGUCAGCAGGACGACAUGUGAGUAAAGUGUUGUCACAGAUUAGUCUGUUCAGUCAGCAGGACGACAUGUGAGUAAAGAGUUGUCCCAGAUUAGUCUGUCCAGUCAGCAGGACGACAUGUGAGUAAAGUGUUGUCCUAGAUUAGUCUGUUCAGUCAGCAGGACGACAUGUGAGUAAAGUGUUGUACCAGAUUAGUCUGUUCAGUCAGCAGGACGACAUGUGAGUAAUGUGUUGUCCCAGAUUAGUCUGUUCAGUCAGCAGGACAACAUUUGAGUAAAGUGUUGUCCCAGAUUAGUCUGUUCAGUCAGCAGGACGACAUGUGAGUAAAGUGUUGUCCCAGAUUAGUCUGUUUAGUCAGCAGGACGACAUGUGAGUAAAGUGUUGUCCCAGAUUAGUCUGUUCAGUCAUCAUGACGUCAUGUUAGUAAAGUGUUGUCCCAGAUUAGUCUGUUCAGUCAGCAGGACGACAUGUGAGUAAAGUGUUGUCCCAGAUUAGUAUGUUCAGUCAGCAGGACGACAUGUGAGUAAAGUGUUGUCCCAGAUUAGUCUGUUCAGUCAGCAUGACGACAUGUGAGUAAAGUGUUGUCCCAGAAUAGUCUGUUUAGUCAGCAGGACGACAUGUGAGACAAGUGUUGUCACAGAUUAGUCUGUUCAGUCAGCAGGACGACAUGUGAGUAAAGUGUUGUCCCAGAUUAGUCUUUUCAGUCAGCAGGACGAAAUGUGAGUAAAGUGUUGUCCUAGAUUAGUCUGUUCAGUCAGCAGGACGACAUGUGAGUAAAGUGUUGUCCUAGAUUAGUCUGUUCAGUCAGCAGGACGACAUGAGAGUAAAGUGUUGUACUAGAUUAGGCUGUUCAGUCAGCAGGACGACAUGUGAGUAAAGUGUUGUCCCAGAUUAGUCUGUCCAGUCAGCAGGACGACAUCUGAGUAAAGUGCUGUCCCAGAUUAGUCUGUUCAGUCAGCAGGACGACAUGUGAGUAAAGUGUUGUCCUAAAUUAGUCUGUUCAGUGAGCAGGACAACAUGUGAGUAAAGUGUUGGCCCAGAUUAGUCUGUCCAGUCAGCAGGACGACAUGUGAGUAAAGUGUUGUCCGAGAUUAGUCUGUUCAGUCAGCAGGACGACAUGUGAGUAAAGUGUUGUUCCAGAAUAGUCUGUUGAGUCAGCAGGACGACAUGAGAGUAAAGUGUUGUCCAAGAUUAAUCUAUCCAGUCAGCAGGACGACAUGUGAGUAAAGUGUUGUCCCAGAUUAGUCUGUUCAGUCAGCAGUACGACAUGUGAGUAAAGUGUUGUCACAGAUUAGUCUGUCCAGUCAGCGGGACGAUAUGUGAGUAAAGUGUUGUCCCAGAUUAGUCUGUUCAGUCAGCAGGACGACAUGUAAGUAAAGUGUUGUUCCAGAUUAGUCUGUUCAGUUAGCAGGACGACAUGUGAGUAAAGUGUUGUCCCAGAUUAGUCUGUUCAGUCAGCGGGACGACAUGUGAGUAAAGUGUUGUCCCAGAUUAGUCUGUCCAUUCAGCAGGACGACAUGUGAGUAAAGUGUUGUCCUAGAUUAGUCUGUUCAGUCAGCAGGACGACAUGUGAGUAAAGUGUUGUCCUAGAUUAGUCUGUUCAGUCAGCAGGACGACAUGUGAGAAAAGUGUUGUCCCAGAUAAGCCUGUUCAGUCAGCAGGACGACAUGUGAGUAAAGUGUUGUCCCAGAUUAGUCUGUCCAGUCAGCAGGACGACAUGUGAGUAAAGUGCUGUCCCAGAUUAGUCUGUUCAGUCAGCAGGACGACAUGUGAGUAAUAUGUUGUCCCAGAUUAGUCUGUUCAGUCAGAAGGACAACAUGUGAGUAAAGUGUUGUCCCAGAUUAGUCUGUCCAGUCAGAAGGACGACAUGUGAGUAAAGUGUUGUCCCAGAUUAGUCUGUUCAGUCAGCAGGACGACAUGUGAGUAAAGUGUUGUUCCAGAAUAGUCUGUUCAGUCAGCAUGACGAAGUAAGAGUAAAGUGUUGUCAAAAAUUAGUCAAUCCAGUCAGCAGGACGACAUGUGAGUAAAGUGUUGUCCCAGAUUAGUCUGUUCAGUCAGCAGUACGACAUGUGAGUAAAGUGUUGUCACAGAUUAGUCUGUCCAGUCAGCGAGACGAUAUGUGAGUAAAGUGUUGUCCCAGAUUAGUCUGUUCAGUCAGCAGGACGACAUGUGAGUAAAGUUUUGUUCCAGAAUAGUCUGUUCAGUCAGCAGGACGACAUGUGAGUAAAGUGUUGUCCCAGAUUAGACUGUCCAGUCAGCGGGACGACAUGAGAGUAAAGUGUUGUUCCAGAUUAGUCUAUCCAGUCAGCAGGACGACAUGUGAGUAACGUGUUGUCCCAGAUAAGUCUGUUCAGUCAGCAGGACGACAUGUGAGUAAAGUGUUGUCCAAGAUUAGUCUGUUCAAUCAGCAGGACGACAUGUGAGUAAAUGUUGUCCCAGAUUAGUCUGUUCAGUCAGCAGGACGACAUGUGAGUAAAGUGUUGUCCCAGAUAAGUCUGUUUAGUCAACAGGACGACAUGUGAGUAAAGUGUUGUCCCAGAUUAGUCUGUUCAGUCAGCAGGACGACAUGUGAGUAAAGUGUUGUCCCAGAUUAGUCUGUCCAGUCAGCAGGACGACAUGUGAGUAAAGUGUUGUCCUAGAUUAGUCUGUUCAGUCAGCAGGACGACAUGUGAGUAAAGUGUUGUCCCAGAUUAGUCUGUUCAGUCAGCAGGACGGCAUGUGAGUAAAGUGUUGUCCCAGAUAAGCCUGUUCAGUCAGCAGGACGACAUGUGAGUAAAGUGUUGUCCCAGAUUAGUCUGUCCAGUCAGCAGGAUGACAUGUGAGUAAAGUGCUGUCCCAGAUUAGUCUGUUCAGUCAGCAGGUGGACAUGUGAGUAAAGUGUUGUCCCAGAUUAGUCUGUUCAGUCAGCAGUACAAAAUGUGAGUAAAGUGUUGUCCCAGAUUAGUCUGUCCAGUUAGCAGGACGACAUGUGCGUAAAGUGUUGUCCCUGAUUAGUCUGUUCAGUCAGCAGGACGACAUGCGAGUAAAGUGUUGUUCCAGAAUAGUCUGUUCAGUCAGCAUGACGAAGUGAGAGUAAAGUGUUGUCCAAGAUUAGUCUAUCCAGUCAGCAGGACGACAUGUGAGUAAAGUGUUGUCCCAGAUUAGUCUGUUCAGUCAGUAGUACGACAUGUGAGUAAAAUGUUGUCACAGAUUAGUCUGUCCAGUCAGCGAGACGAUAUGUGAGUAAAGUGUUGUCCCAGAUUAGUCUGUUCAGUCAGCAGGACGACAUGUGAGUAAAGUGUUGUUCCAGAAUAGUCUGUUCAGUCAGCGGGACGACAUGUGAGUAAAGUGUUGUUCCAGAUUAGUCUAUCCAGUCAGCAGGACGACAUGUGAGUAAAGUGUUGUUCCAGAUUAGUCUAUCCAGUCAGCAGGACGACAUGUGAGUAAAGUGUUGUCCCAGAUAAGUCUGUUCAGUCAGCAGGACGACAUUUGAGUAAAGUGUUGUCCAAGAUUAGUCUGUUCAGUGAGCAGGACGACAUGUGAGUAAAGUGUUCUCCCAGAUUAGUCUGUCCAGUCAGCAGGACGACAUAUGAGUAAAGUGUUGUCACAGAUUAGUCUGUUCAGUCAGCAGGAUGACAUGUGAGUAAAGUGUUGUCCCAGAUUAGUAUGUUCAGUCAGCAGGACGACAUGUGAGUGAAGUGUUUUCCCAGAUUAGUCUGUUCAGUCAACAGGACGACAUGUGAGUAAAGUGUUGUCCCAGAUUAGUCUGUUCAGUCAGCGGGACGACAUGUGAGUAAAGUGUUGUCCUAGAUUAGUCUGUUCAGUCAGCAGGACGACAUGUGAGUAAAGUGUUGUCCUAGAUUAGUCUGUUCAGUCGACAGGACGACAUGUGAGUAAAGUGUUGUCCCAGAUUAGUCUGUUCAGUCAGCAGGACGACAUGUGAGUAAAGUAUUGUCCCAGAUUAGUCUGUUCAGUCAGCAGGACGACAUGUGAGUAAAGUGUUGUCCCAGAUUAGUCUGUUCAGUCAGCAGGACGACAUGUGAGUAAAGUGUUGUCACAUAUUAGUUUGUUCAGUCAGCAGGACGACAUGUGAGUAAAGUGUUGUCCCAGAUUAGUCUGUUCAGUCAGCAGGACGACAUGUGAGUAAAGUGUUGGCACAGAUUAGUCUGUUCAGUCAGCAGGACGACAUGUGAGUAAAGUGGUGUCCCAGAUUAUUAUGUUCAGUCAGCAGGACGACAUGUGAGUAAAGUGUUGUCCCAGAUUAGUCUGUUCAGUCAGAAGGAUAACAUGUGAGUAAAGUGUUGUCCCAGAUUAGUCUGUUCAGUCAGCAGGACGACAUGUAAGUAAAGUGUUGUCCCAGAUUAGUCUGUUCAGUCAGCAGGACGACAUGUGAGUAAAGUGUUGUCACAGAUUAGUCUGUUCAGUUAGCAGGACGACAUGUGAGUAAAGUGUUUUCCCAGAUUAGUAUGUUCAGUCAGCAGGACGACAUGUGAGUAAAGUGUUGUCCCAAAUUAGUCUGUUCAGUCAGCAGGACGACAUGUGAGUAAAGUGUUGUCCCAGAUUAGUCUGUUCAAUCAGCAGGACGACAUGUGAGUAAAGUGUUGUCACAGAUUAGUCUGUUCAGUCAGCAGGACGACAUGUGAGUAAAGUGUUGUCCCAGAUUAGUCUGUUCAGUCAGCAGGACGACAUGUGAGUAUAGUGCUGUCCCAGAUUAGUCUGUUCAGUCAGCAGGACGACAUGUGAGUAAAGUGUUGUCCCAGAUUAGUCUGUUCAGUCAGCAGGACGACAUGUGAGUAAAGUGUUGUCCCAGAUUAGUCUGUUCAGUCAUCAGGACAACAUUUAUCACCAAACAGGAUUUUUGCUAAGAAGAGACUUCCAUAAAACGUUUAAUACCCUUGAAGCGAUUGUCGUCCCUGAUUAGCCUAUGCGGACUUCACAGGCUAACAUGGGGCGACACUUUACGCACAUGCAUUAAGCCCCGUUUUACAGAGCAAGGCUCAAAUGUAAGUGUAAAGAUCUCUGUACAGUAAUAAUACAGGUUGCUAGGUGUAUUGUGGAUUUUGAAAACGUUUUAUUGCUUUGUUGUUUGUAAUGAUCUGAAAUUAUUGUAUUCUUUCAACCUGGAAUUACUACAAGUGUAUGCAGGCUGUCAUCGUAUAUCAUUUAAGCCGCUUCAAGCAAAAAAAACGGUAAUGUGCCAUAUGCUGCCAGCGUAGUUCCAGACCAGACAGCGCAUUUGCAAAGUCUGGUCAGGAAUUACCCCUGUUGGUUAUAAAGUCAGGGAAGAUUUCGCUGUCGCUUUAGCAGACAGGGUAUCAUUCUGGUCUAGAUUUUUAUGUCUUUAAAAAUGUAUAUAUAUUCCAGUAUUGUAUCUAGGUAAAGUACUACUCCGCUCUGUAAUACACAUUCAUGUAAUUCCAUUACAAUGUAGCAAAACACUCUGUAGUUUCAUGUUUUAUUUUUCAGAUCGUUUUAGUAUUAUGUCUUACUUAUAUUUUGCUUUUGUUCUAGUGUAUAUACAUUCUUUGAGUUUUUAAAGUAUCACUAUUGUAAAACAUCAAAUUUCAUGUUUAAUUUUGCAGGUCCUUUUAGUAUUAAUGUCUUACUUAUAUUUUGCUUUUGUUCUAGUGUAUAUACAUUCUUUGAGUUUUCAAAGUAUCACUAUUGUAAAACAUAAAAUUUCAUGUUUAAUUUUGCAGGUCAUUUUAGUAUUAUAUCUUACUUAUAUUUUGCUUUGUACCAGGGUAUGUUCAAUCUUUGAGUUUGCGUAGUUUGAAUAUUGUAAUAGUUAAGAAAAUCUGAUGUUAAUAAUUUUAUUUAUAUAAUUCUAUAAUAAUCAAACCAAAUUAUGGUAUGUGGUGUUAUUGAUAACAAUUUCCGUUUAGCAAAGGCUCUGUCUUUAACAUACGAUUAGUAGUACGUUUGCUGAGUUUAAAUAUUUUGUUAGAAAACGUUUAACUAGUUGUUAAACUUGAGCUUUUAUACUCAUUGUAAUGAUAUUUGAAUAAUAUUUAUGACACCAAUAAAAUAUUUCAACAGAUAACAAACACAUUGCGGGAUUUGUGGGUUAUAUAUACCUUUGAUCUUUUUAAAUAACAAGGUCAAGGUUGUGAUAGUUGAACAUGGUACUGCGUGCGCGUAUGGAUUUAUGAUUAAAGAAUGUAUGGAUUCAGCUAAAGAUUGGUUGGGGGGGGGGGGGCAUGUCCCAUCUUUUUAAAAUGUGUCUCAGCAUAUGUUCGUGUCAUUUUUCUUGUAAAUACAGAACACUAAACAGGUUUUUUAUUUACUAUUGACAAUUUUAUCGAGUUUCAUCCAAUAUUAAAUAAUAUUUACCAUCCGACAAUUGUUUACGUAUUUUCCAAUCUUCAUUUGUUUUAAUCUGGCAAAAUCCCGACCUAAGUAUUUAAACUAUUGAGAUAACAUAACUGUGUAUUCAGUGCUCCUCAGUCAAGAAAAAGUCCAAAGCUUUGGUGCUUACCUACUUAUUAUCGAUUUAACCCUAACCGCAUUAAAGUUCAUUCAUACUUUUUGACGCUGUACUAUUUUAAGACUUGUUUCAAAACCAAGAAGUGGACUUGUAUGUGUAUUUUUUUUGUAUUUUGCGUAUAAUAAAGAGUACCCAGUAUUUUUUUUAUGCGUAUUUAAAAAAUGCAAUACUAAAUACCCUUUUUUCGUUAGAUGUAUGCCUCUUUUUUUUCUUAUUUUUUACAAAGAAUGACAGUCAAAAUAUUAUUUUUAUUAUUUGGAUAGCAGCUCACAAUUGUGAUUUUGUUUGGAAUUCUCUUAAACCUUUUCAAGCUGUCUUGAUUUAAACGUUGAUAUUAUGUCUACUCCGAUGUAAUCGGACUUAGUGAUUUCUUUUUAGAAACCUGUAUGUUAUAAGUAAUACAUACCUUAAUAAAGCGACGCAUCAUUGUACGUGUUUCUUUAAAAUAUCCAAAUAAGUGGCAGCAUAAUUUUAAGUUGACCUCAUGUUAAAAAAGCAUUUAUGUAUGUUUUGUUUUACUCAUGUGUGGGCUUGAAAAUAAACCGUCAAUAAAAGGGCAAUGGCUUAAUGUAGUUAUAAACGUGUUCCAGUCGAUUUCGCACAUAUGCAAGUCUUUUGCUUUUAUUUGAUAAAGUAAUGUAAAACCAAAUGUUGUAUUUUGUAAUUUAAAAAAAAGUUUCAAUAUGUUUUCUAUUGAGUUUUACGUAUUUAAUUGUCACUCAGUACAAUCCUUUUUUGUAUUUAUCCUUUCUAUAUAAGAAUAUGCUUGGUACGAAUUGAAUUCACAAUAUUUUUUAAUGUAGAUUCCAAUUAAUGGAUAUACCACAUAGUUGCUAUUUAAGCGAUUUCAAUUCGGGCUAAUAUCCGUAUAAUUUCAUAAAGGGCUUUCUAGUAAAUGUUUGCUGGGUUGACGCAAUAAUGUACAAACAGAGAAAAACAGCAUGCAAUAAUUGUUCUAAAAACGAAGUUUGAUAUCUGGAUUGCGAAUACUAUGCUUUCUUCAAGUGUACCAAAUACAAUGAAAUACAAUUAAAUUACCUUUAAAGCUGGUAUUCUUCAUGCGAUGCACCGCUAAAUUUGUAUAACUUAAUGAGCUCUAAUGAUGAAACUAUUUUUAAAAAGUUAAGUAUAUAUGUGUAUCAUCUAUUGAAAAGUAUCAAUAACUAAAAUCAACUUUUGAUUUCUUAACACAUCUGUUUUUUGUGUUGUUUUUGUUUGAUGCCAAUCUAAACAAUACCCCGUCAUUGGUGUAUUUAUCUUACGACUGAAUAUAUUUCCAUGCACCCCGAUGCCAGAUUGUAUCUUUGUCUGUUCAAUAUUGGUAAUAGAGAGAAUUUGCCAACUGAGUUUCUUAUUGUUUAUAUUUUCAAUGUUUACAUAAUUUAGUCUAUUGAUAUAUAAUACAUGUAUAAUAUUUAUUUGGUAUUUAUUAAUAUUUUUACUUUGAUAACUUUAUAAUUUAUCUUGCUAUGCGACAACACUCAGGUUGAUCGAAUUAACAGGCACUGAUAAAAACGUGUUUGAAAUAAAGGCUAAUGAGAACAA